AUGACCAUCACCAGCCAUAAAGAAACAAGUUAUCCUGUCCCAGACAUUCCAGGAGCAAUGAUCUCCCCUGUCCCAACCACUGAGGCUAUGAGCAACACCAGCCAAAGAGAAACAAGCUCUCCUGUCCCAACCACCAAAGCCAAAAACACUACCAGCAAAGGAGAUAUGAGCUCUCCUCUCCCAAACACUGAAGCUAUCAGAAGCAUCAGAGAAACCAGCUCUCCAGUCCCAACCACUGAUAUCACCAGCCAAGGAACAAGGAGCCCUCCUGCCCCAACAGCCAAAGCCAAGAACAUUACCAGCAAAGGAGGAAUGAGCUCCCCUGUCUCAACCACUGAGGGAACAGGCAUCACCAGUGCAAGAGAAACAACCUCUCCAAUCCCAACCGCUAACGCUACAAGCAUGACAAUCCCAAGAGAAACAAACGCUCCAGUUCCAAGCACUGAGGCUAUGAGUAUCACGAGCCCAAGAGAUAAAAGCUUUCCUGAUCCAACCACUAAAGUCACUGGUGUCACUAGCCCAGGAGUAAUGAGCUCUCCUGUCCCAAACACUGAAGGAACACAAAUCACCAAUCUAAUAGAAACAACCUCUCCAAUCCCAACUGCUGAGGCUACGAGCAUCACGAGCCCAAGAGAAAGAAGCCCUCCUGUCCCAACCACUAAGCAAACUGGUCCCGCUACCCCAGGAGCAAGGAGCUCAACUGUCCCAAGCACAGAGGUUACGAGCAUCACCAGCCCAAGAGAAACAAGCUUUUCUGUCCCAACCACUGAGGGAACAGGCAUCACCAGUGCAAGAGAAACAACCUCUCCAAUCCCAACCGCUAAGGCUAUGAGCAUGACGAUCCCAAGAGAAACAAACUCUCCAUUUCCAAGCACUGAGGCUAUGAGUAUCACGAGCCCAAGAGAUACAAGCUUUCCUGACCUAACCACUAAAGUCACUGCUGUCACUAGCCAUGGAGGAAUUAGCUCUUCUGUCCCAAUGACUGAGGUUACAAGCAUCGCAAGCCCAAGAGAAACAAGCUUUCAUUUCCCAAAAACUGAAGGUACUGGUGUCACCAGUACAGAUGUAAUGGACUCUCGUGUCCCAACCACUGAAGCAACAAGCAUCAUCAGCCCAAGAGAAACCAGCUCUCCUGCCACAACCACUAAAGUCACUGCUGUCACCAGCAAAAGAGCAAUGAGCUCUCCUGUCCCAGCCACUGAAGAUCCUGGUGACACUAGCCCAGGAGUAAUCAGCUCUCCUGUCCCAACCACCGAGGGAAGAGGCAACACCAGUCCAAUAGAAACAACCUCUCCAAUCCCAACCGCUAAGGCUACGAGCAUCACGAGCCCAAGAGAAACAAACUCUCCUGUUCCAACCACUGAGCCUACAAGCAUCACGAGCCGAAGAGAAACCAGCUCUGCUAUCCCAACUACUAAAUUCACUGGUGUCACCAGCCCUGGAGUAAUGAGCUCUCCUGUCCCAACCACUGAGGGAACAGGUACUGGUGUCACCAGCUCAGAUGUAAUGGACUCUCGUGUCCCAACAACUGAGGCAACAAGCAUCAUCAGCCCAAGAGAAACCAGCUUUCCUGCCACAACCACUAAAGUCACUGGUGUCACCAGCCAAAGAGGAAUGAGCUCUCCUGUCCCAGCCACUGAAGAUCCUGGUGCCACUAGCCCAGGAGUAAUCAGCUCUCCUGUCCCAACCACUGAGGGAACAGGCAACAGCAGUCCAAUAGAAACAACCUCUCCAAUCCCAACCGCUGAGGCUAGGAGCAUCACGAGCCCAAGAGAAACAAACUCUCCUGUUCCAACCACUGAGGCUACAAGCAUCACGAGCCCAAGAGAAAAUAGCUCUGCUAUCCCAACCACUAUAUUCACUGGUGUCACCAGCCCUGGAGGAACAGGCGACACCAGUCCAAUAGAAAAAACCUCUCUAAUCCCAACUGCUGAGGCUACGAGCAUCACGAGCCCAAGAGAAACAAACUCUCCUGUUCCAACCACUGAGGCUACAAGCAUUACGAGCCCAAGAGAAACCAGCUCUGCUAUCUCAACCACUAAAUUCACUGGUGUCACCAGCCCUGGAGUAAGGAGUUCUCCUGUCCCAACCAUUGAUGCAACAAGCAUCAUCAGCCCAAGAGAAACCAGCUCCCCUGUCCCAAUCACUGACGUCACUGGUGUUACCAACCAAACAGCAAUGAGCUCUCCUGUCCCAACCACUGAGGGAACAGGCAUCACCAGUGCAAGAGAAACAACCUCUCCAAUCCCAACCGCUAAGGCUACGAGCAUGACGAUCCCAAGAGAAACAAACUCUCCAUUUCCAAGCACUGAGGCUUUGAGUAUCACGAGCCCAAGAGAUACAAGCUUUCCUGUCCUAACCACUAAAGUCACUGGUGUCACUAGCCAUGGAGGAAUUAGCUCUUCUGUCCCAACGACUGAGGUUACAAGCAUCACAAGCCCAAGAGAAACAAGCUCUCAUUUCCCAAACACUGAAGGUACUGGUGUCACCAGCUCAGAUGUAAUGGACUCUCGUGUCCCAACAACUGAGGCAACAAGCAUCAUCAGCCCAAGAGAAACCAGCUUUCCUGCCACAACCCCUAAAGUCACUGGUGUCACCAGCCAAAAAGGAAUGAGCUCUCCUGUCCCAGCCACUGAAGAUCCUGGUGCCACUAGCCCAGGAGUAAUCAGGUCUCCUGUCCCAACCACUGAGGGAACAGGCAACACCAGUCCAAUAGAAACAACCUCUCCAAUCCCAACCGCUGAGGCUACGAGCAUCACGAGCCCAAGAGAAACAAACUCUCCUGUUCCAACCACUGAGGCUACAAGCAUCAUGAGCCCAAGAGAAAAUAGCUCUGCUAUCCCAACCACUAUAUUCACUGGUGUCACCAGCCCUGGAGUAAGGAGCUCUCCUGUCCCAACCACUGAUGCAACAAGCAUCAUCAGCCCAAGAGAAUCCAGCUCUUCCGUCCCAAGCACUGAGGCAACAAGCAUCAUCAGCCCAAGAGAAACCAGCUCUCCUGUCCCAACCACUGAUGCAACAAGCAUUAUCAGCCCAAGAGAAACCAGCUCUCCUGCCCCAACCACUAAAGUCACUGGUGUCACCAGCCAAAGAGCAAUGAGCUCUCCUGUCCCAGCCACUGAACAUCCUGGUGUCACUACCCCAGGAGUAAUGAGCUCUCCUGUCCCAACCACUGAGGAAACAGGCAACACCAGUCCAAUAGAAACAGCCUCUCCAAUCCCAACCGCUGGGGCUACGAGCAUCACGAGCCCAAGAGAAACAAUUUCUCGUGUUCGAACCACUGAGGCUAAAAGCAUCACGAGCCCAAGAGAAACCAGCUCUGCUAUCCCAACCACUAAAUUCACUGGUGUCACCAGCCCUGGAGGAACAGGCGACACCAGUCCAAUAGAAAAAACCUCUCUAAUCCCAACUGCUGAGGCUACGAGCAUCACGAGCCCAAGAGAAACAAACUCUCCUGUUCCAACCACUGAGGCUACAAGCAUUACGAGCCCAAGAGAAACCAGCUCUGCUAUCUCAACCACUAAAUUCACUGGUGUCACCAGCCCUGGAGUAAGGAGUUCUCCUGUCCCAACCAUUGAUGCAACAAGCAUCAUCAGCCCAAGAGAAACCAGCUCCCCUGUCCCAAUCACUGACGUCACUGGUGUUACCAACCAAACAGCAAUGAGCUCUCCUGUCCCAACCACUGAGGGAACAGGCAUCACCAGUGCAAGAGAAACAACCUCUCCAAUCCCAACCGCUAAGGCUACGAGCAUGACGAUCCCAAGAGAAACAAACUCUCCAUUUCCAAGCACUGAGGCUUUGAGUAUCACGAGCCCAAGAGAUACAAGCUUUCCUGUCCUAACCACUAAAGUCACUGGUGUCACUAGCCAUGGAGGAAUUAGCUCUUCUGUCCCAACGACUAAGGUUACAAGCAUCACAAGCCCAAGAGAAACAAGCUCUCAUUUCCCAAACACUGAAGGUACUGGUGUCACCAGCUCAGAUGUAAUGGACUCUCGUGUCCCAACAACUGAGGCAACAAGCAUCAUCAGCCCAAGAGAAACCAGCUUUCCUGCCACAACCCCUAAAGUCACUGGUGUCACCAGCCAAAGAGGAAUGAGCUCUCCUGUCCCAGCCACUGAAGAUCCUGGUGCCACUAGCCCAGGAGUAAUCAGCUCUCCUGUCCCAACCACUGAGGGAACGGGCAACACCAGUCCAAUAGAAACAACCUCUCCAAUCCCAACCGCUGAGGCUACGAGCAUCACGAGCCCAAGAGAAACAAACUCUCCUGUUCCAACCACUGAGGCUACAAGCAUCAUGAGCCCAAGAGAAAAUAGCUCUGCUAUCCCAACCACUAUAUUCACUGGUGUCACCAGCCCUGGAGUAAGGAGCUCUCCUGUCCCAACCACUGAUGCAACAAGCAUCAUCAGCCCAAGAGAAUCCAGCUCUCCCGUCCCAAGCACUGAGGCAACAAGCAUCAUCAGCCCAAGAGAAACCAGCUCUCCUGUCCCAACCACUGAUGCAACAAGCAUUAUCAGCCCAAGAGAAACCAGCUCUCCUGCCCCAACCACUAAAGUCACUGGUGUCACCAGCCAAAGAGCAAUGAGCUCUUCUGUCCCAGCCACUGAAGAUCCUGGUGUCACUACCCCAGGAGUAAUGAGCUCUCCUGUCCCAACCACUGAGGAAACAGGCAACACCAGUCCAAUAGAAACAACCUCUCCAAUCCCAACCGCUGGGGCUACGAGCAUCACGAGCCCAAGAGAAACAAUUUCUCGUGUUCGAACCACUGAGGCUACAAGCAUCACGAGCCCAAGAGAAACCAGCUCUGCUAUCCCAACCACUAAAUUCACUAGUGUCACCAGCCCUGGAGCUACAAGCAUCACGAGCCCAAGAGUAACCAGCUCUGCUAUCCCAACCACUAAAUUCACUGGUGUCACCAGCCCUGGAGUAAGGAGCUCUCCUGUCCCAACCACUGAUGCAACAAGCAUCAUCAGCCCAAGAGAGACCAGCUCUCCUGUCGCAACCAGUGAGGCAACAAGCAUCAUCAGCCCAAGAGAAACCAGCUCUCCUGCCCCAACCACUGAGGGAACAGGCAACACCAGUCCAAUAGAAACAACCCCUCCAAUCCCAACCGCUGAGGCUACGAGCAUCACGAGCCCAAGAGAAACAAACUCUCCUGUUCGAACCACUAAGGCUACAAGCAUCACGAGCCGAAGAGAAACCAGCUCUGCUAUCCCAACCACUAAAUUCACUGGUGUCACCAGCCCUGGAGUAAUGAGCUCUCCUGCCCCAACCACUGAGGGAACAGGCGACACCAGUCCAAUAGAAAAAACCUCUCUAAUCCCAACUGCUGAGGCUACGAGCAUCACGAGCCCAAGAGAAACAAACUCUCCUGUUCCAACCACUGAGGCUACAAGCAUUACGAGCCCAAGAGAAACCAGCUCUGCUAUCCCAACCACUAAAUUCACUGGUGUCACCAGCCCUGGAGUAAGGAGUUCUCCUGUCCCAACCAUUGAUGCAACAAGCAUCAUCAGCCCAAGAGAAACCAGCUCCCCUGUCCCAAUCACUGACGUCACUGGUGUUACCAACCAAACAGCAAUGAGCUCUCCUGUCCCAACCACUGAGGGAACAGGCCUCACCAGUGCAAAAGAAACAACCUCUCCAAUCCCAACCGCUAAGGCUACAAGCAUGACGAUCCCAAGAGAAACAAACUCUCCAUUUCCAAGCACUGAGGCUUUGAGUAUCACGAGCCCAAGAGAUACAAGCUUUCCUGUCCUAACCACUAAAGUCACUGGUGUCACUAGCCAUGGAGGAAUUAGCUCUUCUGUCCCAACGACUGAGGUUACAAGCAUCACAAGCCCAAGAGAAACAAGCUCUCAUUUCCCAAACACUGAAGGUACUGGUGUCACCAGCUCAGAUGUAAUGGACUCUCGUGUCCCAACAACUGAGGCAACAAGCAUCAUCAGCCCAAGAGAAACCAGCUCUCCCGUCCCAAGCACUGAGGCAACAAGCAUCAUCAGCCCAAGAGAAACCAGUUCUCCUGUCCCAACCACUGAUGCAACAAGCAUUAUCAGCCCAAGAGAAACCAGCUCUCCUGCCCCAACCACUAAAGUCACUGGUGUCACCAGCCAAAGAGCAAUGAGCUCUCCUGUCCCAGCCACUGAAGAUCCUGGUGUCACUACCUCAGGAGUAAUGAGCUCUCCUGUCCCAACCACUGAGGAAACAGGCAACACCAGUCCAAUAGAAACAACCUCUCCAAUCCCAACCGCUGAGGCUACGAGCAUCACAAGCCCAAGAGAAACAAUUUCUCCUGUUCGAACCACUGAGGCUACAAGCAUCACGAGCCCAAGAGAAACCAGCUCUGCUAUCCCAACCACUAAAUUCACUGGUGUCACCAGCCCUGGAGGAACAGGCGACACCAGUCCAAUAGAAAAAACCUCUCUAAUCCCAACUGCUGAGGCUACGAGCAUCACGAGCCCAAGAGAAACAAACUCUCCUGUUCCAACCACUGAGGCUACAAGCAUUACGAGCCCAAGAGAAACCAGCUCUGCUAUCUCAACCACUAAAUUCACUGGUGUCACCAGCCCUGGAGUAAGGAGUUCUCCUGUCCCAACCAUUGAUGCAACAAGCAUCAUCAGCCCAAGAGAAACCAGCUCCCCUGUCCCAAUCACUGACGUCACUGGUGUUACCAACCAAACAGCAAUGAGCUCUCCUGUCCCAACCACUGAGGGAACAGGCAUCACCAGUGCAAGAGAAACAACCUCUCCAAUCCCAACCGCUAAGGCUACGAGCAUGACGAUCCCAAGAGAAACAAACUCUCCAUUUCCAAGCACUGAGGCUUUGAGUAUCACGAGCCCAAGAGAUACAAGCUUUCCUGUCCUAACCACUAAAGUCACUGGUGUCACUAGCCAUGGAGGAAUUAGCUCUUCUGUCCCAACGACUAAGGUUACAAGCAUCACAAGCCCAAGAGAAACAAGCUCUCAUUUCCCAAACACUGAAGGUACUGGUGUCACCAGCUCAGAUGUAAUGGACUCUCGUGUCCCAACAACUGAGGCAACAAGCAUCAUCAGCCCAAGAGAAACCAGCUUUCCUGCCACAACCCCUAAAGUCACUGGUGUCACCAGCCAAAGAGGAAUGAGCUCUCCUGUCCCAGCCACUGAAGAUCCUGGUGCCACUAGCCCAGGAGUAAUCAGCUCUCCUGUCCCAACCACUGAGGGAACGGGCAACACCAGUCCAAUAGAAACAACCUCUCCAAUCCCAACCGCUGAGGCUACGAGCAUCACGAGCCCAAGAGAAACAAACUCUCCUGUUCCAACCACUGAGGCUACAAGCAUCACGAGCCCAAGAGAAAAUAGCUCUGCUAUCCCAACCACUAUAUUCACUGGUGUCACCAGCCCUGGAGUAAGGAGCUCUCCUGUCCCAACCACUGAUGCAACAAGCAUCAUCAGCCCAAGAGAAUCCAGCUCUCCCGUCCCAAGCACUGAGGCAACAAGCAUCAUCAGCCCAAGAGAAACCAGCUCUCCUGUCCCAACCACUGAUGCAACAAGCAUUAUCAGCCCAAGAGAAACCAGCUCUCCUGCCCCAACCACUAAAGUCACUGGUGUCACCAGCCAAAGAGCAAUGAGCUCUUCUGUCCCAGCCACUGAAGAUCCUGGUGUCACUACCCCAGGAGUAAUGAGCUCUCCUGUCCCAACCACUGAGGAAACAGGCAACACCAGUCCAAUAGAAACAACCUCUCCAAUCCCAACCGCUGGGGCUACGAGCAUCACGAGCCCAAGAGAAACAAUUUCUCGUGUUCGAACCACUGAGGCUACAAGCAUCACGAGCCCAAGAGAAACCAGCUCUGCUAUCCCAACCACUAAAUUCACUAGUGUCACCAGCCCUGGAGCUACAAGCAUCACGAGCCCAAGAGUAACCAGCUCUGCUAUCCCAACCACUAAAUUCACUGGUGUCACCAGCCCUGGAGUAAGGAGCUCUCCUGUCCCAACCACUGAUGCAACAAGCAUCAUCAGCCCAAGAGAGACCAGCUCUCCUGUCGCAACCAGUGAGGCAACAAGCAUCAUCAGCCCAAGAGAAACCAGCUCUCCUGCCCCAACCACUGAGGGAACAGGCAACACCAGUCCAAUAGAAACAACCCCUCCAAUCCCAACCGCUGAGGCUAGGAGCAUCACGAGCCCAAGAGAAACAAACUCUCCUGUUCGAACCACUAAGGCUACAAGCAUCACGAGCCGAAGAGAAACCAGCUCUGCUAUCCCAACCACUAAAUUCACUGGUGUCACCAGCCCUGGAGUAAUGAGCUCUCCUGCCCCAACCACUGAGGGAACAGGCGACACCAGUCCAAUAGAAAAAACCUCUCUAAUCCCAACUGCUGAGGCUACGAGCAUCACGAGCCCAAGAGAAACAAACUCUCCUGUUCCAACCACUGAGGCUACAAGCAUUACGAGCCCAAGAGAAACCAGCUCUGCUAUCCCAACCACUAAAUUCACUGGUGUCACCAGCCCUGGAGUAAGGAGUUCUCCUGUCCCAACCAUUGAUGCAACAAGCAUCAUCAGCCCAAGAGAAACCAGCUCCCCUGUCCCAAUCACUGACGUCACUGGUGUUACCAACCAAACAGCAAUGAGCUCUCCUGUCCCAACCACUGAGGGAACAGGCCUCACCAGUGCAAAAGAAACAACCUCUCCAAUCCCAACCGCUAAGGCUACAAGCAUGACGAUCCCAAGAGAAACAAACUCUCCAUUUCCAAGCACUGAGGCUUUGAGUAUCACGAGCCCAAGAGAUACAAGCUUUCCUGUCCUAACCACUAAAGUCACUGGUGUCACUAGCCAUGGAGGAAUUAGCUCUUCUGUCCCAACGACUGAGGUUACAAGCAUCACAAGCCCAAGAGAAACAAGCUCUCAUUUCCCAAACACUGAAGGUACUGGUGUCACCAGCUCAGAUGUAAUGGACUCUCGUGUCCCAACAACUGAGGCAACAAGCAUCAUCAGCCCAAGAGAAACCAGCUCUCCCGUCCCAAGCACUGAGGCAACAAGCAUCAUCAGCCCAAGAGAAACCAGUUCUCCUGUCCCAACCACUGAUGCAACAAGCAUUAUCAGCCCAAGAGAAACCAGCUCUCCUGCCCCAACCACUAAAGUCACUGGUGUCACCAGCCAAAGAGCAAUGAGCUCUCCUGUCCCAGCCACUGAAGAUCCUGGUGUCACUACCUCAGGAGUAAUGAGCUCUCCUGUCCCAACCACUGAGGAAACAGGCAACACCAGUCCAAUAGAAACAACCUCUCCAAUCCCAACCGCUGAGGCUACGAGCAUCACAAGCCCAAGAGAAACAAUUUCUCCUGUUCGAACCACUGAGGCUACAAGCAUCACGAGCCCAAGAGAAACCAGCUCUGCUAUCCCAACCACUAAAUUCACUGGUGUCACCAGCCCUGGAGCUACAAGCAUCACGAGCCCAAGAGAAACCAGCUCUGCUAUCCCAACCACUAAAUUCACUGGUGUCACCAGCCCUGGAGUAAGGAGCUCUCCUGUCCCAACCACUGAUGCAACAAGCAUCAUCAGCCCAAGAGAGACCAGCUCUCCUGUCGCAACCAGUGAGGCAACAAGCAUCAUCAGCCCAAGAGAAACCAGCUCUCCUGCCCCAACCACUAAAGUCACUGCUGUCACCAGCAAAAGAGCGAUGAGCUCUCCUGUCCCAGCUACUGAAGAUCGUGGUGUCACUAGCGCAGGAGUAAUGAGCUCUCCUGUCCCAACCACUGAGGGAACAGGCAACACCAGUCCAAUAGAAACAACCCCUCCAAUCCCAACCGCUGAGGCUACGAGCAUCACGAGCCCAAGAGAAACAAACUCUCCUGUUCGAACCACUGAGGCUACAAGCAUCACGAGCCGAAGAGAAACCAGCUCUGCUAUCCCAACCACUAAAUUCACUGGUGUCACCAGCCCUGGAGUAAUGAGCUCUCCUGUCCCAACCACUGAGGGAACAGGCAACACCAGUCCAAUAGAAAAAACCUCUCUAAUCCCAACUGCUGAGGCUACGAGCAUCACGAGCCCAAGAGAAACAAACUCUCCUGUUCCAACCACUGAGGCUACAAGCAUUACGAGCCCAAGAGAAACCAGCUCUGCUAUCUCAACCACUAAAUUCACUGGUGUCACCAGCCCUGGAGUAAGGAGCUCUCCUGUCCCAACCAUUGAUGCAACAAGCAUCAUCACCCCAAGAGAAACCAGCUCCCCUGUCCCAAUCACUGACGUCACUGGUGUUACCAACCAAACAGCAAUGAGCUCUCCUGUCCCAACCACUGAGGGAACAGGCAUCACCAGUGCAAGAGAAACAACCUCUCCAAUCCCAACCGCUAAGGCUACGAGCAUGACGAUCCCAAGAGAAACAAACUCUCCAUUUCCAAGCACUGAGGCUUUGCGUAUCACGAGCCCAAGAGAUACAAGCUUUCCUGUCCUAACCACUAAAGUCACUGGUGUCACUAGCCAUGGAGGAAUUAGCUCUUCUGUCCCAACGACUGAGGCUACAAGCAUCACAAGCCCAAGAGAAACAAGCUCUCAUUUCCCAAACACUGAAGGUACUGGUGUCACCAGCUCAGAUGUAAUGGACUCUCGUGUCCCAACAACUGAGGCAACAAGCAUCAUCAGCCCAAGAGAAACCAGCUUUCCUGCCACAACCCCUAAAGUCACUGGUGUCACCAGCCAAAGAGGAAUGAGCUCUCCUGUCCCAGCCACUGAAGAUCCUGGUGCCACUAGCCCAGGAGUAAUCAGCUCUCCUGUCCCAACCACUGAGGGAACAGGCAACACCAGUCCAAUAGAAACAACCUCUCCAAUCCCAACCGCUGAGGCUACGAGCAUCACGAGCCCAAGAGAAACAAACUCUCCUGUUCCAACCACUGAGGCUACAAGCAUCACGAGCCCAAGAGAAAAUAGCUCUGCUAUCCCAACCACUAUAUUCACUGCUGUCACCAGCCCUGGAGGAACAGGCAACACCAGUCCAAUAGAAACAACCUCUCCAAUCCCAACCGCUGAGGCUACGAGUAUCACGAGCCCAAGAGAAACAAACUCUCCUGUUCCAACCACUGAGGCUACAAGCAUCACGAGCCCAAGAGAAAAUAGCUCUGCUAUCCCAACCACUAAAUUCACUGGUGUCACCAGCCCUGGAGUAAGGAGCUCUCCUGUCCCAACCACUGAUGCAACAAGCAUCAUCAGCCCAAGAGAAACUAGCUCCCCUGUCCCAAUCACUGACUUCACUGGUGUUACCAACCAAAGAGCAAUGAGCUCUCCUGUCCCAACCACUGAGGGAACAGGCAUCACCAGUGCAAGAGAAACAACCUCUCCAAUCCCAACCGCUAAGGCUAUUAGCAUGACGAUCCCAAGAGAAACAAACUCUCCAUUUCCAAGCACUGAGGCUAUGAGUAUCACGAGCCCAAGAGAUACAAGCUUUCCUGUUCCAACCACUAAAGUCACUGGUGUCACUAGCCAUGGAGGAAGGAUCUCUUUUGUCGCAACCACUGAGGUUACAAGCAUCACAAACCCAAGAGAAACAAGCUCUCAUUUCCCAAACACUGAAGGUACCGGUGUCACCAGCUCAGAAAUAAUGGACUCUCGUGUCCCAACCACUGAGGCAACAACCAUCACCAGCCAAAGAGAAAGAAGCCCUCCUGUCCCAACCACUGAGCAAACUGGUCUCGCUAUCCCUGGAGCAAGGAGCUCAACUGUCCCAAGCACUGAGGUUACGAGCAACACCAGCCCAAGAGAAACAAGCUUUCUUGUUGCAACCACUGAGAGAACAGGCAUCACUUCCAGCCUGGUUACCAAAUCCAUGGGCACUACUGUCUCAGGGCUGACAACCUCUCCAGUCCCUAGUACUGAAGGAACCAGCUCUACACAUACAGAAACAUCGAGUUCUCUGAUUCCCUUCAGUGAAACUACAGGCAGCACUGCACCAGAGACAAGAAGCUCUUCCAGCUCAAUCACCAAAGCCACAGACGCCACCAACCCAGGAGCAACAAACUUGCCAGUUCCAACUGCCCAAACCAAGGGAACUACCAGCCAAGGAGUGACAAGUUCUCCCAGUCUAACCACCAAAAUUGCAGAUGCCACCAGUACAGGAGCAACAAACUCUCCAGGCCCCACCACUGAAACCAUAGGUACUUCCAGCCUAGAAGCUACACAUUUUCCAGUUUGGUUCACUGGAGUUACUGGAACCACCAGCUCAGGAGCAACAAGCUCUUCAAACCUGACCCCAGAAGCGACAGGUAUGACUAGCACAGAGGGGACAAGCUCUCCUGGCAUAACCAUAGAAACAUCCAGCACAAGCAAUCCUGGGUUAACAAGCUAUUUCAGCCUGACAACUGAAGCCAUUAGUGCCACCAGUCGAGAGGCAAUGACUUCUUCCAACCCAACAACCAAAGCCACAACCAUUGAUGCUAUAAGCCCCACCAGCCCAGAGGCAACAAGCUCUCCCAGCCCAACAACUGAAAACACAAGAACCAACAACCCGAGAACAACAAGCCCUUCAGUCUCAACUACUGAACCUAUGGGCACUACCUUUCCACAGGCAACAGACUCUCCCAGCCCAACCACUGAAGCCAUGUUCACCAGCAGGCUAGGAGUUACAAGCUCUCUGGGCCUGAACACUAAAGCCAUGGGCACUGCCACCCUAGAGGCAAGAAGCUCUUCCACCUCAAUGACUGAAGCAAUAGGUGCCACCAGCCCAGGAGCAACAAGCUCUACAGUCCAAACCACUGAAGCCAUGGGCAUUCCCAGCCCAGGGGUGACAAGUUCUACAGUCUCCACAACUGAAGCCACAGGCACCAUAGUCCCUGGAGCAACAAGCUCACCUGUCCCAUCUACCGAAUCCAGGGGCACUACUAGCCCAGAAGCAACAAGCUUUCCAUUUCCAACUACCAAAGUCACAGGAAGCACCAGCCCAGGAGCAGCAAGAUCUCCUGACCCAACCACUGAAGCUACAGAUGCCACUAUCCCAGGAGUAAGAAGCUCUAUAGUCCCAACUAUUAAAACCAAGGGCACUACCAGCCAGGGGGCAACAAGGUCUCCUAGCCUAACAACCGAACCUGCAGGUGCCUCCAGCACAGGAGCAACAAGCUCUCCAGUCCCAACCAUUGAAAGCAUGGGCACUACCAGCCCAGGAGCAACAAAGUCUUCAGUUUGGACUACUGAAAUCACAGGAACCACCAGCCCAGAAGUGACAAGCUCUCUCAGCCUCACCAUGGAAGCAUCCAGCACAACCAGCCCAGGUGUAACAAACUCUCUCAGCCCAAAAAAUGAAGUCACAGGUGCCACUAGCACAGAGGCAAUUACUUCUUCCGGACCAGCUAUCAAGACCACAGGCAUCACCAGCCAAGGGGCAUCAAGAUCUUCCAUCCCUAUUACUGAAGCCAAGGAUGCCACCAGCAAAGAGAAAACAAGUCCUCCCAACCAAAGCACCAAGCCCAUGGGCACAACCAGCCCAGGAGCAACAAGGUCUCCUGUCCCAACCACUAAAGUCAUAGGCACUGCCAGCCCAGGGGCAUUGAGCACUCCCAGUACAGCAACUGAACCCACAGGCACCAACAGCCCAGGAGCAACAACCUCUCCAAUCCAUGCUACUGAAACCACAGGCACAACUGCCCCUGGAGCAACAAGAUCUCCAGUACCAACUACCAAAGACAUGGACACUAACAGCCCACAUGCUACAAGCUCUCCCAACUGGACCACAGAAGCCACAGGCACCACCAGUACAAGGGAUACAAGUACUUCCAACCUGACUACCAAAGCUACAGGCACUACCAGCCCAGGGGUGACAACUUCUCCUGGCCCUACCACUGAAGUAAUCAGCUCUAUUCACACAGGAGCAUCAAGCUCUCCUGUUCUAAUCAGUGAAGCUACAGGCACUACUACCCCAAGGAUGAGAAGCUCAUCCAGUUCAAUCACUGAAGUCACAGUCUCCACCAGCUCUGGAGUAACAAGCUCUCUCAUCUUGAGCACUGAAGCUAUGGGCACUACCACCCCAGGAAUGACAAGCUCAACCAAUCCAACCACCAAAGCCACGGGCACCACUACAGGGUCUGGAGUCCCAACCACUGAACUUAUGGGUGCCACCAGCCCAGGAAUAGCAAGUUCCCUAGUUCCAACCUCUGAAUCCAUGGGCACUACCAGCCAAUGGGCUGCAAGCUCUCCCAACUUAACCACCAAAGCCACAGGUGCCACCAGUCCAGGGGAGAAAAGUAUUUCCAGCCCAGCAACUGAGACCACAGGAACCAUCAUUACCGGAGUGACAACCACUCUCAGCCCAACCACCAACAGGACCAGCUCCACCAGCAUAGGAGCAACAAACUCUCCAAUGCCAGCCACCAAAGUCACAGGCACUUCCACUCCAGGGAUGAGAAGCUCUUCUAUCUUGACCACUGAAGCCACAAGCACCACCAGGCAUGGAGCAACAAUCUCUCCAGUUCCAGCCACUGAAGCUACAGGCACUUCCAACCCAGGGGAGAGGAGUACUCCCAGCUCAACAACUGAUGCUAUGGGCAGCACCACCCCAGGGGUGACAACCUCUCCUGCCCUCACUGCUGAAAGAUCUAGCUCCACCAGCACAGGAGCAACAAGCUCUCCAGUUCCACCAACCAAAGCCACGAGCACCACCAGCCCAGGUGCAACAAGGUCUUCCAGCACAUCUUUCAAAGCCUCGGGUACCACCACUUCAAGGGUAACAAGUUCUUCCAGCCCAACCACUGAAGCACCCAGCAGAACCAGCCCAGGGGCAACAAGCUCUCCGAGCCUGAUCACCAAUGUGCCUAGCACCAGCAGCCAAGGAGUAACAGGCUCUCCAAUCCCACCCAGCAAAAGUUUGGGCACAACCAGCCCAUGGGCAACAAUAUCUCCCAGCUCGACCACUGAAGCUAUGGGGGUAUCCAGUCUAGGGUCAACAAGAUCUCCCAUCGCCACUGACACCACCAGCCCAGGGUUGACAAGCUCUUCCAACUCAACCAUCAGAACUACAAUUGCCACCAACCCAGGGAUGACAAGCUCUCCAGGGAAUUAUUCUGUGACCACAAGCACCCAAAAUGUAGAGGCAUCUUCAGCACCUACAACAGUGGAAACCACUUCAACUAACAUGACUACUCCAAUAAUAACCACUACAAAAAAUGAUUUUGAAUGCAUAACCAUUAUACUCAUCCUUGCCUCUAUAUUGGGUUUACUGGUCCUGAGUUUCCUCGCCUGUUUGCUCAUCUACUUCCUGAGGUCUGCCAUAUCUCGUUCGACAUCUUACAAUGUUUAUGACAGUCACUUUAGGGAUUACAACUUGGAAGGAAAUGGUGGCACAUGGAUGCCCCGUAACUUCCCGGAUUCUGGCCAUCCAGGGAACAAUGGCAACUAUAUGUCCAUGGUAACAAGCACCUCCAAUACCAACACUACGCCAGAAAGCACCACUGUCUCAGUGGUAACAAGCUUUUCCAGUCAAACCACUAAACAAGAAAGCGCCACCGACUCAGUGAUAACAAGCCCUUCCAGUCUGACCACUAAGUCAGAAAGCACCACCGACUCAGGGAUAACAGGCACCUCCAAUCCGAACACUAUGCCAGAAAGCACCACCGUCUCAGUGGUAACAAGUACUUCUAGUCUGACCACUACACCAGAAAGCACCACUGACUCAGGGGUAACAGGAACCUCCAAUCCGAGCACUAUGCUAGAAAGCACCACUUUCUCAGUGGUAACAAGCCCUUCCAGUCUGACCACUACACCGGAAAGCACCACCGACUCAGGGAUAACAGGCACCUCCAAUCCCAACACUACGCCGGAAAGCACCACCGUCUCAGUGGUAACAAGUACUUCCAGUCUGACCACUACACCGGAAAGCACCACAGAUUCAGGGAUAACAGGCACUUCCAAUCCCAACACUACGCCGGAAAGCACCACCGUCUCAGUGGUAACAAGUACUUCCAGUCUGACCACUACACCGGAAAGCACCACCGACUCAGGGAUAACAAGCACCUCCAAUCCAAACACUACACCAGAAGGCACCACCGUCUCAGUGGUAACAAGUACUUCCAGUCUGACCACUACACCGGAAAGCACCACCGACUCAGGGAUAACAGGCACCUCCAAUCCCAACACUACACCAGAAAGCACCACCGACUCAGGGAUAACAGGCACCUCCAAUCCCAACACUACACCAGAAAGCACCACCAACUCAGGGAUAACAGGCACCUCCAAUCCCAACACUACACCAGAAAGCACCACCGACUCAGGGAUAACAGGCACCUCCAAUCCCAACACUACGCCGGAAAGCACCACCGUCUCAGUGGUAACAAGUACUUCCAGUCUGACCACUACACCGGAAAGCACCACAGAUUCAGGGAUAACAGGCACCUCCAAUCCGAACACUACACCAGAAAGCACCACCGACUCAGGGAUAACAGGCACCUCCAAUCCCAACAUUACGCCAGAAAGCACAACCGUCUCAGUGGUAACAAGUACUUCCAGUCUGACCGCUACACCAGAAAGCACCACUGACUCAGGGGUAACAGGAACCUCCAAUCCGAGCACUAUGCUAGAAAGCACCACUUUCUCAGUGGUAACAAGCCCUUCCAGUCUGACCACUACUCCAGAAAGCACCACUGACUCAGGGAUAACAAGCACCUCCAAUCCCAACACUACACCAGAAGGCACCACCAUCUCAAUGGUAACAACUACUUCCAGUAUGACCACUACAUCAGAAAGCACCACCGACUCAGAGAUAACAAGUACCUCCAAUCCCAACACUACACCAGGAAGCACCACCGACUCAGGGGUAACAAGCACCUCCAAACCAAACACUACGCCAGAAGGCACUACCACCUCAGUGUUAACAAGUACUUCCAGUCUGACCACUACACCAGAAAGCACCACUGACUCAGGGGUAACAGGAACCUCCAAUCCGAGCACUAUGCUAGAAAGCACCACUUUCUCAGUGGUAACAAGCCCUUCCACUCUAACCACUACACCGGAAAGCACCACCGACUCAGGGAUAACAGGCACCUCCAAUCCGAACACUACACCAGAAGGCACCACUGUCUCAGUGGUAACAAGUACUUCCAGUCUGACCACUACACCAGAAAGCACCACUGACUCAGGGGUAACAGGAACCUCCAAUCCGAGCACUAUGCUAGAAAGCACCACUUUCUCAGUGGUAACAAGCCCUUCCAGUCUGACCACUACACCGGAAAGCACCACCGACUCAGGGAUAACAAGCACCUCCAAUCCGAACACUACACCAGAAGGCACCACCGUCUCAGUGGUAACAAGAACUUCCAGUCUGACCACUACACCGGAAAGCACCACCGAUUCAGGGAUAACAGGCACCUCCAAUCCGAACACUACACCAGAAAGCACCACCGACUCAGGGAUAACAGGCACCUCCAAACCCAACACUACGCCAGAAAGCACCACCGUCUCAGUGGUAACAAGUACUUCCAGUCUGACCACUACACCAGAAAGCACCACUGACUCAGGGGUAACAGGAACCUCCAAUCCGAGCACUAUGCUAGAAAGCACCACUUUCUCAGUGGUAACAAGCCCUUCCAGUCUGACCACUACACCGGAAAGCACCACCGACUCAGGGAUAACAAGCACCUCCAAUCCGAACACUACACCAGAAGGCACCACCGUCUCAGUGGUAACAAGUACUUCCAGUCUGACCACUACACCGGAAAGCACCACAGACUCAGGGAUAACAGGCACCUCCAAUCCGAACACUACACCAGAAAGCACCACCGACUCAGGGAUAACAGGCACCUCCAAUCCCAACACUACGCCAGAAAGCACAACCGUCUCAGUGGUAACAAGUACUUCCAGUCUGACCACUACACCAGAAAGCACCACUGACUCAGGGGUAACAGGAACCUCCAAUCCGAGCACUAUGCUAGAAAGCACCACUUUCUCAGUGGUAACAAGCCCUUCCAGUCUGACCACUACACCGGAAAGCACCACAGACUCAGGGAUAACAGGCACCUCCAAUCCGAACACUACACCAGAAAGCACCACCGACUCAGGGAUAACAGGAACCUCCAAUCCAAGCACUAUGCUAGAAAGCACCACUUUCUCAGUGGUAACAAGCCCUUCCAAUCUGACCACUACACCGGAGAGCACCACCGACUCAGGGAUAACAAGCACCUCCAAUCCGAACACUACACCAGAAGGCACCACCGUCUCAGUGGUAACAAGUACUUCCAGUCUGACCACUACACCAGAAAGCACCACCGGCUCAGGGAUAACAGGCACCUCCAAUCCGAACACUACACCAGAAGGCACCACCGUCUCAGUGGUAACAAGCCCUUCCAGUCUGACCACUACACUGGAAAGCACCACCGACUCAGGGAUAACAGGCACCUCCAAUCCAAACACUACGCCAGAAAGCACCACCGUCUCAGUGGUAACAAGUACUUCCAGUCUGACCACUACUCCAGAAAGCACCACUGACUCAGGGAUAACAAGCACCUCCAAUCCCAACACUACACCAGAAAGCACCACCGACUCAGGGGUAACAAGCACCUCCAAACCAAACACUACGCCAGAAAGCACAACCGUCUCCGUGGUAACAAGUACUUCCAGUCUGACCACUACACCAGAAAGCACCACUGAUGCAGGGGUAACAAGUUCCUCUAAUCUGAACACUACACCAGAAGGCACUACCACCUCAGUGUUAACAAGUACUUCCAGUCUGACUAGUACAGAUGAAAGCACCACCGACUCAGGGAUAACAAGCACCUCCAAUCCCAACACUACGCCGGAAGGCACCACCGUCUCAGUAGUAACAAGCACUUCCAGUCUGACCACUACACCAGAAAGCUUUACUGACUCAGGGGUAACUAGCACUUCUAAUCUGAACAAUACACCAGAAGGCACCACCGUCUCAUUGUUAACAAGUACUUCCAGUCUGACCGCUGCACCAGAAAGCACCACCAACUCAGGGAUAACAAGCACCUCCAAUCUGAACACUACGCCAGAAAGCACCGCUGUCUCUGUGGUAACAGACUCUUCUAGUCUGAACUCGACACUAGAAAACCCCACCAACUCAGGUGUAAGAGACACCUCUAAUCCAAACACUACACCAGAAGGCACCACUGUUUCAGUGGUAACAAGCCCUUCCAGUCUGACCACUGCACCAGAAAACACCACCGACUCAGGGAUAACAAGCACCUCCAAUCUGAUCAGAACACCAGAAGGCACCACCAACUCAUGGGUAACAAGCACAUCUAAUCCGAACUCUAUGUCAAAAAACAUCACCGUCUCAGUGGUAAGAAGCACUUCCAGUCUGACCACUACACCAGAUAGCUCCACCGACUCAGGGAUAACAAACACCUCCAAUCUGGAUACUGCACCAGAAGGCACCACUGUUUCAGUGUUAACAAGCAAUUCCAGACUGACCAGUACGCUGGAAAGCACCACUGACUCAGGGGUAACGAGCUCCUCUAAUCCAAACACUAAACCAGAAGGCACCACCGUCUCAGUGGUGACAAUCACGUCCAGUCUGACCACUGUACCAGAGAACACCACAGGGGUAAAAAGCACCUCCAUUCAUACCCCUUCAACAGAAAGCACCAUAGAAUCAGAUGCAAUAGCCACCUCUAAUCUGAGAACUGGUUCAGAAAGCAGCACUGGCUCAGCAGUAAUAAGCAUCUCCCCAAACACUAUGCCAGAAAGCACUGCCAUCUCACUGGUAACAAGCACUUCCAGUUCGACCACUAUACCAAAAAGCACCACCGACUCAGGAGUAACAAGCACCUCCAAUCUGAACACUAUGCCAGAAAGCACCACUGACUCAGCUGUAACAAGCAGCUCCAGUCCAACUAUUAUACAAGAAACCACCAGUGACUCACAUCGAACAACUACCACCAAUCUGACCACUACUGAAAGCACCACCUCCACUCUGAGGACUACACAGGAAAGGACCACUGGCUCAGAGGUAACAGGCACCUCUAAUCUGACCACUACCCUGGAAAGUCCCACUUUCUCAGAGGUAACAAGCACAUCGAAUCCAACAUCUACACCAGAUAGCACUAACAGCUCAGAUAUAACAAGCACCUCCAGUCUGACCAUCACUACUACUCCACUGACAUCCAGUACAAAAAAUGGAUUUGAAUACUCAACCAUUAUGCUUCUCAGUCUCGCCUCUGUGUUGGGUUUCCUUGUCCUGAGUUUCCUUGGCGGCUUGCUUGUCUACUACCUGAAGUCUGCAUUAUCCAGCCCUACAUCUUACAACAUUUACAACAGUCAUUUUAUGCUAAGGAAUUACAACUUGGAAGGAAAUGGUGGCACAUGGAUGCCUCAUAACUUCCCGGAUUCCAGCCACCCAGGGAAUAACAGCCACCAGAUGUCCCAGUCCCUUCCAGAAUCCAGCCAUGCACAGAAAAAUGGUGACCGCACCUCCCUGAACUUCCAGGAACGAACCCAGGAAAGAAGAAAGAUUGAUUACAACAAAAGCAAUUAUGCUUUCUUAUAA